CCGAUCAUGGGCGACUGGAGUUUUCUGGGAAAUAUUUUAGAGGAAGUCAACGAGCACUCCACGGUGAUCGGGCGGGUGUGGCUCACGGUUCUCUUCAUCUUCCGCAUCCUCAUCCUGGGCACGGCGGCCGAGUUCGUGUGGGGUGACGAGCAGUCCGACUACGUGUGCAACACGCAGCAGCCCGGCUGCGAGAACGUGUGUUACGACGAGGCCUUCCCCAUCUCCCACAUCCGCCUGUGGGUCCUGCAGAUCAUAUUCGUGUCCACGCCGUCUCUGGUCUACGUGGGCCACGCAGUGCACCACGUGCACAUGGAGGAGAAGCGCAAGGAGCGCGAGGAGGCGGAACUUAGCCGGCAACAGGAGCUGAGCGAGGAGCGACUCCCGCUGGCGCCCGACCAAGGGAGCGUCCGCACCACUAAGGAGACCAGCACCAAAGGGAGCAAGAAGUUCCGACUGGAGGGCACCUUGCUAAGGACUUAUAUCUGUCAUAUCAUUUUCAAGACACUCUUUGAGGUGGGCUUCGUGGUGGGCCAGUACUUCCUUUACGGCUUCCGCAUCCUGCCGCUGUACAAAUGCAGUCGCUGGCCCUGCCCCAACACCGUGGACUGCUUCGUGUCCCGCCCCACGGAGAAGACUGUCUUCAUCAUCUUCAUGCUGGCCGUGGCUUGCGUCUCGCUCUUCCUCAACUUUGUGGAGAUCAGCCACCUGGGCCUGAAGAAAAUCCGUUUUGUUUUCCGCAAGCCGGCCCCUGCUCCGGCGCAGGGUGAAGGCUCGAGCACUGGGAAAAGUCUGCCCCCUUUGCCCGUGUCCUCCCUGCAGAGGGCCAAAGGUUACCGGCGGCUGGACGAGGAGAAAGCGCCCCCUAUAACGCACCUCUACCCACUGUCAGAAGUGGGCAUGGAGGCCGGCAGGGGGGCCCCACCCUUCCACGGCCUGGAGGAGAAGGCCGAGGAGGAACCGCCUUUGGGGGACGUCCCCAAAGCGUACGACGAGACUCUGCCCUCCUACGACCAGACCGCCGAGACCGGAGAGGCCACACUGCAGCGGGAGGACGCGGCGCCGCCGGCGGGGGCGGAGGCAGCAGAGGGAGGGAGCGUGGCGGCCCGGGCGGGGAGCAAGGCGUCGGAUACGAUAGAGGACAGCAGACCUCUGAGCCGACUGAGCCAAGCUAGCAGUAAGGCCAGGUCGGAUGACCUCACCGUAUGA